AUGCACGACUACGAUUUCCUCUUCAAAACCAUCCUCAUAGGGAACAGCGGCGUGGGCAAGACAAGCAUUAUAAACCGUUACGUGGACGAAACAUACACGAAGAACUACAUAAGCACGAUAGGUGUGGACUUUAAGAUCAAGACAAUUGUGCGGCACGGAAAGACGGUCAAGCUGCAGAUAUGGGACACGGCAGGACAGGAACGGUUCCGCACGAUAACAAGCUCGUACUAUAGAGGAGCACACUGCAUCAUCGUAGUGUUUGAUGUUACAGAGGAGGAGUCGUUCAGCGACGUAGCAUCAUGGAUAGCUGAGGUCGAAAAGCACAAGGUAAACGACACACUGAUAGUCCUUUUGGGCAACAAGAUCGAUGACAAGGAGAACAUAGCGGUGAAGGACGGUGACGUGAUGAAGAUGAUCGAAAUGCAUCGCUUGGACAAGUCCCUGUUCAAAUACAUAAGUGCAAAAGAGAACACCGAUAUUAUGGCCGUGUUCGAGAGCAUUGUUGACAAACUCAUCGAAAGACAUAAAAUGGAUGAUGCGGAGAACGAGAACGAGUUUGCCGAUAUUAAAAUACAGGAGAGAAAGCGAAGAUGCUGUUGA